AUGUUGGCUCUUACAGACGGCGGCGACGCGGCGCCCCGCACGCGGCCGCCAGUGGGUGAUCCCCGGGAGGCGCUCGCCAACAAGCGGCACAGGCUCAACGAGGUGGCGUGGGGUGUCUCGGGCGGGACCCAGCCGCUGGUGCAGGGCGGUGUGCAGAUGGGUGACAAGGAGCGGGGCGGGGAGCGGGCCGCGGGGUCGCAGCCUGCGCCGCACCUGCUGGACGUCUUGGCAGCAGCUGGCGCGGCCCUGGGCCUGGAGCUGGAGCCGACGGGGGCGCGCAAGCGGCAGCAGGCGCUGCGCACCGUGCGGCGGCAGCGCACACUCAGCCCCUGCGAGCGGCGCAGCGGCAGCAGCGGCGACGGCGGUGCGGAGGAAUCCCAGACCCUGCGCGCUGCGGCCCUGUCAUUCCUGCCCGCCGCGGCGGCUCACGGCCUGCUGCUCCUGCCAGACCUGGUAGCGUUGGCCACGCUGCACGAGCCCGCGGUGGUGGCGGUGGCCAGGGAGCUGCGCCUGAUGCUGAUUGGCCCCGGCUUCGGCGGCGCUGUGGGUGGCGUGGUGCCGCCUGCAGACCCCUCUGCGCGGGUGGCCACGGGCACAGAGGCCGGCGACUUUGGAGAGGCCGCAGUCUUGCAGGCGCUGCAGAGUCAGCUGCGCACAGACCGCGCAGCCGAGGCCGCGGCGGCAGAGCUGCUGCCCGCCACCUGCUGCGGCCUGGUUGCUGCGGGGCUCAGAGGGGCAGGCGCAGCUGGCGCGGAAGCGCCACUGCAGGCAGCUGUGGGGGCUGAGCUCCUGGGCCCAGGCGCUCGGCAUGCUGCCUGCUGCGCGGCGGCCGCGGCACUCGCCGCCCACGCGCCGCUGCGCACGCUGCUGCUGUCGGACGCCGCCGCGCUGUACCAAGGGAUGUGGGCACCGCAGCCAAUGGCUGGCAUGGCCGCCGUGCUGGACGGGGCGCCCGCCAGUCCGGCACGCCCGUGGGCGCUGCCGCACCGCCUUGUGUUGCAGUCGCUGGCAGCGGGCGCGCUCCACGUGAUGGCGCCAGCAGGCUGCUUGGUGCUGGAGCCCGCUGCGGCCCAGGGCCAGGGUCGUGGCGCCCAGAAGGGUGUCCUGCACGACCCACACGCGCUGUCCUGGCGAAUGCUCAGGGCCGCAGUGCCUGCGGAGCCGCCUGAGGGCUCGCCGCUGCGCUCGCCGGAUGCCCCGGCGGCGCUGGGCUUGCUGGCCGCGUGCCGCAUGGCGCGGCCUGGGUGGCUGGACGCAGCUUGGGCGGCGGCGUCAUUGCAGCUUGACGAGGCGCAGCUGUCAGAGGCCCUGCGGCGCGACGGGCAGCACGCCAAGCAGGCGCUUGUGAUGAUGCGGCCCGGAGCCGGCGGCAGCUCCCGCGACCGUGCCCUGUGCGGCGCACUCCUGGCCUGCCUCUGGUCGGCAGCCAGUGGCGCCGCGGCGCCCACACGCGAUGCCACGUCCGCGGCGCUGUGCCUUGCUGAGCUGGCGUCGGCAGCGGGGCGCGGCGCUGGUGACAUGCUGCUGCAGCGCAUCCAGGGGCUGCUCAAGGUUCGCAGGGGAGGGGACCCCGCUUAG